CACGGGUCAGUGUGGCGGCGCGGGGGCCUAGCGGAGACACGCCGUCUGCGAGCACACGUACGCACCGAGUGGCCUCACGGGACAGCCGCCCCGUCCGAGGGAGAAAAGUUCCGCGCGCUCCGACAGCAGUGCCACGCAGGACGCCGAGGCGACGCAUCCGCGGCGCGACCUUGGGGAGAAAAGGGAAAGUCACAACAAAGACAAGCGCCAUAAGCGUCGGGCGAAACUCCGAAGGAACAGCUUAGCAACAGGAGUCGCACUUCCUGAGGUGCAAAGGAUCCAGCUCCUGACGCCAUGGAUAUGGACACGCAGCCACAGGGACAGCAAGCAGCUUUGCCAGUGUUUCAACCUCCGAAACCGCUGCAGCCGGAUAUGGGGUAUAAUUCUCUGGCCAACUUCCAUAUUGAAAAGAAGAUUGGUCGCGGGCAGUUCAGUGAGGUGUACCGGGCGAGAUACCUGCUAGACAACACGUCAGUGGCCCUGAAGAAAAUUCAGAUAUUCGACUUGAUGGAUGCCAAAGCUCGGCAAGAUUGCAUCAAAGAGAUAGACCUCCUUAAGCAAUUGAACCACCCCAAUGUGAUAAAAUAUCAUGCAUCUUUUAUUGAGGACAAUGAGCUGAACAUAGUCCUGGAGUUAGCGGAUGCUGGGGACCUCUCGCGUAUGAUCAAGCACUUUAAGAAGCAGAGGAGACUUAUCCCAGAGAGAACAGUGUGGAAGUACUUUGUUCAGCUCUGCAGUGCGCUGGAACAUAUGCACUCCCGGAGAGUCAUGCACAGAGGUAAUAUCAAACCAGCCAAUGUAUUCAUCACAGCCACAGGAGUAGUAAAACUAGGAGACUUGGGAUUGGGACGAUUCUUCAGCUCCAAAACAACCGCUGCUCACUCGCUAGUGGGUACUCCUUACUACAUGUCACCGGAGAGGAUACAUGAAAACGGAUACAACUUCAAAUCUGACAUCUGGUCGCUAGGAUGCCUGCUCUACGAGAUGGCAGCCUUACAGAGUCCGUUCUACGGGGAUAAGAUGAACCUUUAUUCUCUUUGUAAGAAGAUAGAACAGUGUGACUACCCCCCUCUUCCCUCAGAUCACUACUCAGAGGAGCUAAGGAAUCUGGUAGAUAUGUGCAUCAUCUCCGACCCGGAGAAGAGGCCGGACAUCACCUACGUGUAUGACAUUGCCAAACAUAUGCAGAACUUGACACAGGGCAGCUAAGCCCAGCGAUACACACACUAUAAGUUGCAAAACUCCUGACUCCCUCCUUCGCUUUUCAUGCUGGACUCGUACACACCUGUUAAUUUACAGUACUCCAGAGUUUAGCUCAUUGUGAUAAGUAGUUAGUGUAAAGGAUUUUUACUUCCAAGGUAAUAAAUAUAUAACAUGACUGACAUCCAGACUCAUUCUGCCUACAAUUCUAGAGAUUUUUGUCAAACGGACCUCCCCAUUCCUUAGACUUCAGUCAUUUUUCAACACUGAAAAUCAGUGUCUUGUACCUCAAGGAUGUGUGUGUUUGUAAUUUCAUGUGUCGAACCAAAGGCGUUGUUUUGCAGCUAAUAUACUAUGGCAUAGUAAAAUUAGAGAAAUAAGCAUCCAGUGUUACCUACAACCUUCAAGAUAUCAAAUCAAUGUAAUUAUAAGGAAAAUGGCCCAAAUAAAGACCUUGAUACCUUUUUUAGAGCAAAGGUAACGGAGUAAAUACUUCUAGAUUAAUAGCAGCAAAACUGAGUGAUCUUGAUGGUUGAAGUGUUGUUGAUGCACUUUUUACCCUGGUACUGAAAGGCUGGCGGGGUGAUCACGUCUAAUGAAUGUAUUAGGAAGAGAGGGAUCGUUUAUAGGGUAGACUAGAGACACGCUGGGGAGAGAACACAGGCGAAUGUCUCCACAACACUUUGAAUGUACGUUCUUUUGACACCCAUGUAUUGUUUGAAAGGGGGGAAAAAAUGGGAAUGCUUCUUUUCUGACAGCCUUGAAGGAGAGGUGGAAGCUGUAACAAAAGCAGCUUUACAUCUGCUGUUUACCUUAGUCACUGACACCAAAAUGUCUCCUCAAGCAAGGCUGUACUGCUGCAGCCUAGUACGUGGUAGAAUCCCAAUAAACAUCAGGAUCACAACAGAUAGCUGUCCAUCACGGCCCGGUGGAUGCAUGCAACUGUCCAGACGGGCGGUAGAUAUGAUUUGUUAAUGUUGCUCUGUACUCUGCAGUAUUGCGUCGUGUUCAGUAAGAGUUUGUUGAAGAGAAACCACAUCCUUGCCUUGUGUCCAAAGCAGUAGUAGCUCACAGCAUGCCUGCUAAGUUAUGUUCUCAGAUGAGAUACCAAAGACAGACAGAACCAUAUAUAUAUAUGUGUGUGUGUGUGUUUAGGUAUGGUCUAUGAUGGGAUGUCACAGACAGCACCAGUGGGAUUCAUCUAUUCAUCUAUUUACUGUACAUAUUGAAGUUCCUAUAGUUUUAUUACUGUAGGGUUUUAGCAACUGUUUAUUUGGUGGAAGGAAGCAGCUGGGUGAGUGUUUUACCAGUAAAUAGCUUUACACCAGUGGGUCUCAACCAACCACUGCUGGUUUACAUAAAGACGACAAUGCCACAUGGAAUGUGUAGUAAGUAAAGUACUAUUGGUGACUCUGUUUUCCGUGGCUUAUUAAUUUCCUUCGAACAUUUUCAGAUAGCGUGUUAAGCGUUCAGGUGAUCAUUGUACACACAUGCCCGUGCUCCCUGUUUUUAAAGAUCAUGUAAAGCACUAUUGACUUGUUCUAUACGAGCUCAAGGGUGCAGGGAAAUGUAAAUUUCUUGCGAAUACAGUGUUUGCUGUUUUUGUUUGCAGUUGUACACCUUGUCCUUUUAAUUGUGGUCAUUUAUGUGUGUUUUUGUUUUUUGUUUUUCUCCCUCUGCAGUAGUUUUUAUCGUCCUCACCCACCGUGCUGCUAGCAUCCUGUGUCUCCUCUAAAAGGAGCAUCUGUAAUAGACUAAAACGCCGUAUGGUUUUUACAGAGGUGCUAAAUCUUUAAAGCGCUUCGUGGUGUUUCGGUUUUGAUGCUGUACAAAUCUCACCAAAGGCGUUGUUAGUGUUUAGUACCAAAGUGACAUAAGUUUUCUUUUUACAAUAUCAUAAGGACAAGUUGGCGUUCAUGCAUAAUAAUGGUUUGUUUUUCUGUUUACCUAAAAAGUGAAGAUUUGUUUUUUUAAGCCCCACUUGAAGUUUCAUUCGUGCUAACAAACGCUGAGAUUUACAUCUCCUCCUUGAUAAGAAGUGUGUUCCCUCAGUCAGUGCCCUUUUUUCGUCCAAGCCUUAGCCUUUAUUUUUCUGCACACCCUUCUGAAGGUUGGUAUUAUAGGGUAAAAUAAAAAAGCAAGAAAUCAA